AUGUCUUCUAACCCGUCAUUUGUUCUUCGAAAGCCAUUGGAUCUCGUCUUUGAGGAUCGGCCCGACCCCAAGAUCCAGGACCCCCACUCCGUCAAGGUGGCAGUCAAAAAGACCGGAGUUUGCGGCUCGGAUGUCCACUACUAUCUGCAUGGAGGAAUCGGCGACUUCAUUGUCAAGGCUCCCAUGGUUCUAGGCCAUGAAAGUGCCGGAGAGGUGGUUGAGGUUGGUCCUGAAGUCAAGGACCUCAAGGUGGGAGAUCGAGUGGCUCUCGAGCCCGGAGUGCCGUCUCGAUUGUCACAGGAGUACAAGGAGGGACGAUACAACCUGUGUCCUUGCAUGGUGUUUGCUGCCACCCCUCCCUACGACGGUACUCUGUGUCGUCACUACAUCAUUCCCGAGGACUUUUGUGUCAAGCUGCCUGAUCAUGUGUCUCUCGAGGAGGGAGCUCUUGUGGAGCCUCUGUCCGUGGCUGUCCACUGCAACAAGCUGGCCAAGACCACUGCCCAGGACGUGGUUAUUGUGUUUGGAGCUGGCCCAGUCGGACUGCUAGCCGUGGGAGUGGCCAAUGCCUUUGGAUCAUCUACCAUUGUGUGUGUUGAUCUUGUUCCCGAGAAGCUGGAGCUCGCCAAGAAGUUCGGUGCCACUCAUACGUUUGUACCCACUAAGGGAGACAGUCCCAACGAGUCUGCUGACAAGAUCCGAGCUCUGAUCAAGGGCGCUGGUCUCUCUGACUCGCCCAAUGUGGCUUUGGAGUGCACCGGAGCUGAGCCUUCUAUUCAGACUGCUGUUUCUGUGCUGGCCACUUCCGGUCGACUUGUGCAGGUCGGCAUGGGCAAGGAUGACGUCAACUUCCCUAUCACCAAAUGCAUUGUAAAGGAGAUUACCGUGCUCGGAUCGUUCCGAUACUGCCAUGGUGACUAUCCCCUGGCUGUUCAGCUGGUUGCUUCUGGCAAGAUUGACGUCAAGAAGCUGGUGACCAACCGGUUCACCUUCAAGGAGGCUGAGCAGGCGUACAAGACGGCGGCCGAGGGCAAGGCCAUCAAGAUCAUCAUUGACGGUCCCGAGGAGGAGUAG